UGUCUCUAAAGUCUCUAAACUCAACUCAACACAGAGUAGCAAAGCAAAACAAGUAGGAGAGUGUGGAAAGGAGAUGCAAGUGAAUAAGAAUAGGGUGAUGAUGACAGAGGAGCAAAUGGAAGUACUGAGGCAACAGAUAGCUGCCUAUGCAAUCAUCUCUGACCAACUUGUUCAGAUGCAUAAGGCCUUCUCUGCCCAACAAACCCACUCUGGAAUGAGACAGGGAAGUCUAUACUAUGAUCCAUGGAUGGCAUCUUCUGGACAAAAGAUGAAUAUCAGGCAACGGUGGAGCCCCACAACAGAGCAGCUUCAAAUCCUUGAGCGAAUUUUUGAAGAAGACAAUGGGACUCCAAACAACCAGAGGAUCAAAGAGAUAGCCACUGAACUAGCACAACAUGGCAAAAUUUCUGAAUCAAAUGUUUACAACUGGUUCCAAAACAGGAGAGCUCGUUUAAGAAGAAAACAAUCAGUUCCAGAACCACAAAAACCAGAAUCAGAAACAGAUAAAGAAGUUCAAUCUCUAAAAGAGAAGAAAAUGAGACCAGAAAGCACUCCAUCCUAUGAGAACUCAGCACAAAGGUCCAAAACUAUACACUUGCAGCAGAGUCCCAAGAUGAGCACUGAAAUGCUACGCUUAAAUUCCCGCUCUAAUGAAGGGGAACCCACAUUUCCAUCAGAUUCUGAUUUAAGUUUUUCUGGCAGUUUGGGUCAUAUGAGUUUUGUGCCAAAUCCUGGUACUAAUCGGUUUGGUGAAAUGGAAGUGCCAAGUAAUUAUAACCCUUAUUGUUAUGGAGAAGGAUAUGACAUGGCUGGAUGAUGCCUAUACCGCUAUACUGGUUUGUUGACUGUGCUUGAAUUAAAGCUUAUUGAACUUAAUGAUGAUGGAGAACAUUAAUAAAUAGAAGUUCUUUAUUUAGGAUACAUUUAAAUACCUGCAUGGGAGUCUGAGUUUGGUGAGAACUUUACAGGACUAAAAAUUCUUUUAAUGGUAGAUUGCAGUAGAAGAUUCUAUACUCUCUCGCCCUCUCUUUGGUGUGUGCUCAUCUUUCUAUUCACAUGCUUCAGUUUGCCAAGUGCAAUUGCAUUUUGAUAGCCUAUGAUUGUGUUCGCCCUGUGCUACAUUCUUAAGAAUGGCAAAUUAUGAUUGUAAAUUACAAUUGGCAAUAGCCCACUUACUAUAUUUGUGAUACCAGGUCUACCAAUGACAAAAACUACAUAUUUUAAAACCCUACUUCAAGAAACCUCACAAAUAAAAUAUAAAAUUGUUUCUAUACAUGUUAGCAUUUUCCACAUGUACUUAUGGAAAACUUCGUGUUACUUUCAUCUUUUGACAAAAUUGUGUGAUUGGCAUAAAUUGACCUUCCAUCUAACUAAAAUUGUGUCCUAAAAAAAACUGAUGAGAACUUCAGAUUCAUUAAUGCUAUUGCAGCACUCAUUACCAUUAAGUAGAAUAUCUCUGGACAUCAAUUAUUGGAAAUAAAUCUUGAUAAGAAA